GUACUACGGCUGACCCCUGACGCGACCCUGCAGGAUUGCAAACAUGGCGGAGCCCUCCCUCGGGAACUCGAGCCCAGGAGGUUCAGCAGGUUCCGAUGACCAUGAUUUUGACCCAUCAGUAGACAUGCUUGUCCAUGAUUUUGAUGAUGAACGCACCCUGGAGGAAGAGGAAAUGUUGGAGGCAUCAGAUGAAACCAACGCUAACGAGAUUGAAGACCUUGCACGGGAGGGGGAUAUGCCAAUUCAUGAGCUGCUGAAUCUGUAUGGUUAUGGGGGCAAUUCACCAGCAGAUGAGGAUGAAGAGGAGGAUGAAGAACCGGAGGAGGAAGAAGAAGAUGAUGAGGAAGAGGAUGAGGAAGAAGACCUAGACCAUGAUGAAAGCAGCAGAAGCACCAGCGAGUUGAAAAUGAAUGAGGGUGAGGGUGUGAAAAACUCAUCAGGCCAGGUAGAUGAGGCCCAGACCACUUCCGAGGGCCGCACACGCUCAGUAAGGUCCCUUGGGACAGCAGAACUUAUCCGUCCUCAGAAACUCAAGUACUUUGAAAGUAAUAAUGAUGCAGAAGAGGAGUCAGAUGAAGAUGAGGACUAUGUUCCAUCUGAAGACUGGAAAAAGGAGAUCAUGGUGGGUUCAAUGUAUCAGGCAGAAACUCCUGUUGGCCUGUGUAAAUAUAAAGACAAUGAAAAAGUUUAUGAAAAUGAUGACCAGCUGUUGUGGAACCCCGAGUGCCUCCCUGAAGGCAAAGUGGUGGAGUUCUUGACAGAGGCAUCGAGGAGGACCGGCGAGGAGAAGGGUGUGGACGCAAUCCCAGAGGGAUCCCACAUCAAAGACAAUGAACAGGCUUUGUAUGAGCUGGUGAAAUGUGACUUUGACACAGAGGAAGCUUUAAGAAGACUGAGGUUUAAUGUCAAAGCAGCCAGAGAGGAGCUCUCUGUCUGGACUGAAGAGGAAUGUAGAAAUUUUGAACAAGGACUAAAAGCUUAUGGGAAAGACUUUCAUUUAAUACAGGCCAACAAGGUGAGAACUAGGUCUGUAGGAGAAUGUGUGGCCUUUUAUUACAUGUGGAAGAAGUCUGAGCGUUAUGAUUUCUUUGCACAGCAAACCAGACUUGGGAAAAGGAAAUACAACCUUCACCCCGGUGUCACAGACUACAUGGACAGAUUACUGGACGAGACAGAGAGCGCAACAUCCAGCAGGGCGGCGUCCCCGCCACCCACCACCUCCAGCAGCAGCACCAGCCACUCAGAGAAAGAAGACAGCAGCAGUCAGAACGGCAUUUCCAGCCACAACUCCAGCCACCAAGUAGACGGUCCUCAGUUACUCCCAGCAAACCCCGUCAAACCUGAGCCCGUUCAGACUAACGGCCCCUCCCAUCUCACAGUGGAAGCUCCCCCUCCCAUUUCAGACAACAACUCCAACGGCUGCAGCCAACACAGUGCGCCAAGCCAUGACCUAAACGGCUCUCUGGAGCCCUCGCUGGACCAUAGAGACACAACCGCACAAGAGAGGCCGGCCAAGAGGUGUAGAACGGAGGCAGAGCAGCUGGGUCAGAGUAAGGUGGAAACAUCUUCAACACAGGAGGACUGAAGGAUCCAGAGCUCGCUGAUGUAGACUAACAAACACUAUCUUGGGUGAAAAAAAAAUCGUCCAUAAUUUGUCCCAGCAGAGGUAAGAGGAUGAUAAAGAUGAGCCCCUGUUGGCUCGUGAGCACAGUUUCUCCUGAGAGAAAAGACUCUUUCAUAAGGUCCCUGAAAGUCAGACCUUGAAAAACACAGCCAACCAAACUGCAGCUAGUCCUCCAGGAGGGGCAGCAGCCCCUGCGUCCCCUCCGCCACAUCCAACGUUCUGACAGCCUGCAGAGCUCAUCCUAAACCACAUCCUACAGAAUGCAACAUCUCCUUCAUCGUUGUCUUUAUUUCCUCUCUGAGACUUGACUGACAAAAGUUUGCCAAGAUUUUUUUUUUCUAUCUGUAUCAAAGAAAAGAAAUCACCUGUGAUAUUUUUUUACACAAGAGAUAUUUAUAUUUUUUAGCAAAAGAAAGUAUGAUGGUUAACUGCAGUUCAAGCUUUUUGAACAUUUGAUGAAACAGGCGACAUGUUUAAAAAGAUAACGUGCUUAAGUUUGUCCAAAAGAGGCACCGUAGGCAAACAAGUCACUGGCCCUCUUUAGUGCACUUUGAUUGUAUGAUUCUUAUUGUUAUCAAUAAGGAGUGGUGUCGAAACCCAGCAGAACAAAACUUUUUCACUCCUUCACUUCUGAACCUGUUCCGGCCUCUGUGCAUCUCGGCUGUUUGUUUGAUUCGGAUAAAUAAACCACCUGCAGGUUUGUUUGUGGAAAGCAGCUGACAUCAGUGAUGUCCUGUAUUGUAACUCAUCAUGUAGAAGGUCGCUGUAUUUUUGGAUUUCCAUGGUCAGUGCUUUGCUCGACGCUUUGUUUUUACUAGACAGAAUGUCAAUGAUUUUUAAUGUAAAGUUUGUAUAGAUUUCUUACCUUGAGCAGUUGGUACAUUUUUUAUAACUGUCUGUUCAUCUCUGUAUUUUCUGGUCUUCCAUGUAGCCUGCGCUUUUUGUUGAGAAAUCUUCUGCUUUGAGAUGGAUGUAGUAAAAAAAAGUAGCCAUUCCUCUUUUCCCUCUCUGCCCUGCAGCACUUCCCAUUCCUGUGACCUUGCUCGAUUUGAGAUAUUUUUUUGCAGCGAGCCUCGUCUUUUGUCUGUGGUCGAGCGUGCAGUCUGCCUUUGGUUAAAAUCCUCGGAAGUGCUUAGUUUCCACCAAUAUUUACCGUCUCUUUCCUCAGUAGCAGCUAAAGAGAGCAGGCUGAGGGAUGCAAGACCUUCAUAUGUUUUUUGGUACAGUAGCUUUUCAGCUUAUCGCUGUUUGUGUUUCACUUUCAUUCACAGAUUAAGAUAAGUUUGUCUCAGAUAAUGUUGAUCCAUGUAGUCUUUUCUUUCCCUUUGUUGACAAUGAUGUCUUGUUUAUUUGACAACAUGAAUAAAAAUGAAGUGUAUUCCAAGACUGGCCAUGAAUGGAAUUGCAUUGGUUAUAUUUAAUAAAUGUAUUAAUAAGUCUGA